AAACGCGAUUGGGCUAAUUUUGAGUAGCAAUUGGGCGGGGUUUGUUGUAAAAACCUGGCAACCCUGAUGCAUCUACUAUUGUUGUCAACUUCAGCGGAAGUGUCCGUGCUGCUGAUUAAGUUCAGUAGAAUACUGACACGUACGUAAGGUGCAUUUGAAUGACUGUUGUCCCCAGACCAGCUAGCUCAGGUCAAAAGAAAGAUGGGUAGGCGGAGGAAGAGGGUUGUAGCAGGGGAUGGCGUACCUAGCCCAAGAAAGGAGGAAAAAACACCAGCUCCCCCACGCAAGGAGAAGAAGAAGAAAACUGACAUUGGGAAGGUGUUUAUCAAUAUAUCCAUCGGUUUGUGUAUCUUCAGUCUUAUCUGGUUCUUCUAUGCCCUUUAUAUGCGCUCAUCCUUGGCCAGGAGGGUUGUGACCUUGCACCCCUCUCCACGGGUCUUGGAUGCUAAUAGCUCAAGUCCUGCUGUGUCUCCUGAAAGAUAUUGGGGUACCUAUCGGCCCCAGGUGUACUUCGGGAUGAAAACAAGAAGUCCCAGAUCUGUUGUGACAGGCUUAAUGUGGAUGCGUCAGUUUGCUGAAAUGGAUGGAAAUCUUAGGCACACUUGCGAACAAGGGGACCAUUUGCUGGGCUACGGAUGGCUAAUGCAUGACGGAGUCUCUUUUGGAGUCCAGGAGGUCCAUGACCGUGAAUUCACCCUGACCACAGAGUUUGUGAAGCGUAUGGGUGGAGAUCAUGGUGGAGACUGGACUUGGAGGAUUACUGCGAAACAACAUAGCACUGCUUCCUCGGCUCCUGUGAUCUCGCUGAUGUUCUACGCUGCUACAGAUGUUCAAGGUUCCUUGCAGGCCCAUGUAGAAGAAAAAAAUCGCUUGAGCUCUGUGACUGGAACAUCUGAGGAGCUUGGCAACUUCAAGAUUACGUUUGGCAAGCCCUCUGCAGGGGAAGGUGCUAGUGGCAAAUAUGCCAGAUAUAAUUACUUGCAGACUAAGAGCCCUGGUCUUGAUAAGCUAACAGAUAUAGUGAAGAACAGCCUAAAUCACAAGUUUACUUUCAGUCCUACCAAAGGUGAAAAAAGACCAUAUUUUGCCGUGGAUUCUUACAAAGUCACUAACCACCAGAACCAACAGAAAGAUCCCAAGAUGGAGAGUGAUUUUGUGGUGCAUCAAGUAACUGUACAAACCCCUUUCCAGAUUGAAGUUUUGUUUGAAUCCGGGAGCUUCCGGGAACGACCUAAUCAGCUUGUGGGCUCGGUUCUUACAGACGAGCUGGAGAAGCGUAAGGUGGCAUUUGAUGAGAAGUUUGAGAGUUCAUUUGGCCUCCAAGCUAAAGGGUUCACAUCUUCACAGAUUGAAUUUGCUAAGGCAGCUUUAAGCAACAUGCUUGGUGGCAUGGGAUAUUUUUUCGGACAGUCGGUUGUCCAGUCAGCUUACAACGAGCACCCUGUGCUUUACCCUGAGGGUCCACUGCUUACAGCAGUACCAUCUCGCUCUUUCUUUCCAAGGGGCUUUCUUUGGGAUGAAGGAUUUCAUCAGCUUCUUAUCAGCAAAUGGGACACUCAGUUAACACAGGAGGUCAUUGCGCACUGGCUCGAUCUUAUCAAUGUAGAGGGCUGGAUCCCACGCGAACAAAUUUUGGAUGAUGAAGCUCGAAGCAAAGUACCAUCCGAGUUUAUAGUGCAGCACAACGAAAACGCUAACCCGCCCACGCUCUUCCUGGCCCUACAGGAGUUACUGGAACAGCUGGAUGCUCAACCUGAGUUGUCCUCCUCUCAAACCAUGAUUCCUUUCCUGAGAAGGUUGUACCCAAGACUGCAGAUUUGGUUUGAGUGGUUUAACACCACACAAGCUGGACCAAUUGCCAGCUCCUACCGCUGGCGAGGCCGGGACAAAGACACCAACAUUUUCCUAAAUCCCAAGACCUUGACCUCUGGCCUGGAUGACUACCCUCGGGCUUCCCACCCAUCUGCUGAUGAGAGGCAUGUGGACUUAUAUUGCUGGAUGACCCUGGCCUCUGGCAUCAUGGCAAAUGUGGCACGAAUACUUGGGGAACCCCACCAGGUGUACGAAAACACCCAUCAUGCUCUCAGCAAUAAUGAUCUGUUAAACAAACUGCAUUGGUCUGAGAAUCUGCACGCCUUCAGUGAUUAUGGAAAUCACACUCAGGCGGUCUCACUUCAGCAGGAGAAAGUGUUUGUGCCUCCUGGACAACCACGGCACCAGUUCCCAGUCGCACGAUUGGUUCGCUCUGUUCGUAAAGCCCCUAAGCUGCAGUAUGUGAAUGCAUUAGGCUAUGUUAGCCUUUUUCCAUUCUUGCUACAAAUUCUGACACCAGACUCGCCAAAAAUGGAGCAUAUUUUGCGGGAUAUUCAAGACCCUGACCGCCUUUGGACACCCUAUGGCCUGCGCUCACUUUCGCGCUCAGAUCCCCUCUACAUGAAGAGGAACACGGAACACGAUGCCCCCUACUGGCGAGGAGCGAUCUGGAUCAACAUCAACUACCUGGCAGUUAGAGCACUGCAUCACUAUGGCAGCAUAGAAGGGCCAUACAAAGAGAAGGCAGCUACCCUAUAUCAAGAGCUCAGGACUAACCUUAUCAAUAAUGUUUACAAGCAGUAUAUGGACACUGGAUACAUCUGGGAACAGUACAGUGAUAGUACUGGAAGGGGGCAAGGUAGCCACCCCUUUACUGGCUGGUCGGCUCUGACAGUACUGAUAAUGGCUGAAGAGUAUUGAAAAUCAGUAGCAGGCCAGAAUCAGAAUUCUAAAUUAAGGCCCUGUUCACACGAAUGUGGUUAUUUUUUCAAAACCGCAGCUUAUUCUAUGCGGUUUGGCCGUUCGUCCACACACAAUCACAGUGCCAGCUCGCUGAAACCAAAAUUUUUUGAAAACACCUGCCAGGGUGAAGAUUUUCAAAAAGUCCGGUUGCAGUGUUAUCAUGUAGACAGCGAAACCUGCAUUUUUGGCUUGUGAUGUCGGAGCCAGUGCUGUUAUCUCUGCCUACUGGAAACUUUUUCAGGCUUCUGAUUGGCCAACAUGGCUUUACGGUUGAGAUUAUAUCGCCACCUGUUGGCUUGGCAUGCUCUUGACAGUGCAUCAUAGCAUGCGUUUGCGGUUUCAUGUGGACGGAGAUUUUUUUAAAAGUGGAAGAAGAAAAAACCCCAUUUAUAAAAAUACCUGUGUACGUGUGGACAUGGCCUAAGAUGCUCAACUGGUGCCAUAUUUUUGUUAAAACAAAGUGUAAUUCGUUUUUACAUAAUUUAUAUAAUUGGUGGAUUUUUAUUUGUUCAUUUAAAUAAUAACGAUGAGUCCUGAUAAAAUAUUUCAGUUUUACAUCCAGUUUAAUGUGAUUAUUUCCUCAGGUUUGAAUCAGACAAAACAAUAUCAUCUGUGUGAAUCAGGAGGAGACAGUGCACUUAUUCUGGUCCAUUGCUGUUUGGCUUCAUUUAACAGAAUAAAUUAAAAACUUUUUAUAAAA